CACGUGUCCCCAGUGGCCAUUUGCGGCUGAGUCAUUUGCCGAUCACGCCCGGCCCUGGAGGCAUCCAUGGCGCCAGAGGCAGACGGAAAGAGGUCAGAAGAGACCUGGCGUCCCAUCUUUGACCGGCUGCAAGAACGCUUUCCGGAUGUGGGCGCCAACAAGAUUGCCACCAUCCUGCUGGAAAACAAUGGGCAUGCAGGACAAGCGGCAGCAGCACUGCGGGACCUUUGUGGCACUGGUAAGAGGGAAGUGGAUCCGGAUGAUCAGGAACAUGUGAAGACGUUGCUGACCAGCCCCGUGAUGUUUGCUGCGCUCUGCAAGGAGAACUUCCGGAAGUUUGACGUCAACGGCGAUGGAGUCUUGAGUUGGACCGAGGUCCUACCGUUGGUGAACACGCUCUACGAGAGCUUCGGGCUGCAACCGCCGCGGGAGGGCAACCUGAGAUCCUUCUUCGACGCGACGGAUCUGAAUAAGGAUGGCGUGUUGUCGGAGCGGGAGUUCAAAAAGUUCUUCGAAUGCUUCCUCCGCUACGCUUUCUUCGAUGUGGUCCAGGCCAAGGGCAAGAGCGAGUCGCUUCGCGAGUUGGAGACAUCGCCCAACAAACGCAGCAGACCUUCGCGGGACGAAACCUCGGACGAUCAAAGGCGCGUGUCCCCGCAGAAAGACCGUGGCUACGAACCCAAUCGACAUGAGAAGGGUGCCAGAACUUCGGCUGGCUCCCCCCAAGGUCGCAGCCGACCCUUUAAAGUCAUCGCCCCUCAUGGCAUUUCUUGGAGGAGAAGCCCAGAGCUGGCAGACCGCCUUGAGCAAAACGUUCCCUACGGAGAGGUGGUUCAGGUCUUAGAGCAUUGGGUCAAGACGGAUCAUGGCUGGCUCCCAGUCCAUGACACGCGUGGAAAGCUACUGAUUCAGCCAGUGCCGGAAGACGCUGAGCGAGGUCCCCCAGGUCGCACAGGUCACCCAGCGGGUGCGGCGAUGUCUGCUUGCAGACACGACAGGCGUGAGAAGCGACCUAAGGAGGUGGAUACGUCUGGAUGGGUGAAUCCCAGCGAAGGUGCUAAGCUGCGUUCAGACGAAGAGGACUGGAAGGAUCGCUUUGAACGGCUGCAGGAGCGCUUUCCGAUGCUCAGUGCUGGACAGGUGCUGCAGAAACUUCGUGCGCAUCAAGGCCAUGCGGGCCAUACUGCUGCUGCCUUGAGAGAGCUGGCGGGACGGCAUGGUGGGCCCACGCCUUAGGACGCGAAAAUCACCAGAAUUGAUUUGACGUGACCGCUGCUGAGUGGCGAUGAAAGCAAUCUGGCAGUGCAGAAGUUGAUGAAACAC